UUGAAUUUUUUAUUCCCCAAACCAAAGCCUUUAAAUAGCACCCACACCGCCACCACAAACUUACCAAGAACCAAACAGCAACAUGGGUUUCUCCGAUCUUUCCACCGAGGCUGGUCUUAAGCAAUUGAACGAGUUUUUGGCUGACAAGUCCUUCAUUGAGGGACACGAGGCCAGCCAAGCCGACGCCGUCGUCUACAAGGCCGUCGGUUCUGCUCCCGAUGCUGCCAAGUACCAACACGCUGCUCGCUGGUACAAGCAAAUUGCCACUGAGGACCUCGCUGCCCUCCCUGGCACCGCUAAGGAGCUCUCUGCCUACGGUCCCGCUGCUGCCGCCGCUGAGGCUGCCGAUGAGGACGACAUCGACUUGUUCGGUUCCGACGACGAGGUUGACGAGGAGGCUGAGCGUGUCAAGGCCGAGCGUAUCGCCGAGUACAACAAGCGCAAGGCUGCCAAGCCCAAGCCUGCUGCCAAGUCUCUUGUCACUCUUGAGAUCAAGCCCUGGGACGACGAGACCCCCAUGGACGAGCUCGAGAAGGCUGUCCGUGCUAUUGAAAUGGACGGUCUCCUCUGGGGUUCCGCCAAGCUUGUCCCCAUUGGUUUCGGUGUCAGCAAGCUCCAAAUGUCCGUUGUCGUUGAGGACGACAAGGUCUCCAUCGAUGAGCUCCAAGAGACCAUUGAGGAGAUUGAGGACUACGUCCAAUCUACUGACGUCGCCGCUAUGGCUAAGUUGUAAGAAGGUUGCUACAGGUCUGGCAAUUUUUUGAAUAAAACUAAUUCAGGAAUGGGAUA